AUGACGAAUGAAAACGAAUGCAAAUUUCCGAAAAUGAAAUUUCGGAUGCAAUUCGUCACCGGUAGUCUGUACGAAUUUUCGUUUGUCGAUGGAUUUUCGCUGCAGCAAAAAGGCAUGAAUUUCAGCAAAAAUCCAGAAUUUAUCCUCGUUGGAUUAUCGGAUCUUCCAGAGCAACAAACAUUACUUUUUGUAGUGUUUCUAAUUAUGUAUCUCCUUAGUGUUCUGGGUAAUUUGACUAUCAUUCUCUUGAUCCAGACUGACAUUCACCUCCAGACUCCCAUGUACUUCUUCUUGGGCAACUUGUCUUUCGUUGACAUGUGUUACACCUCAACCAUUGUCCCAAAGAUGCUGGUUCGCAUUCAAUCAAAGAAUAAGACUAUCACACUGCUGGACUGUAUUUCACAGCUGUACUUCUUCAUGUGCUUCGCAUGCACUGAGUGCAUCUUUCUGGCGGUAAUGGCGUACGACCGAUUUGUGGCUGUGUGCUCCCCACUGCAUUACACCACCAUCAUCAACCGAAAGGUAUGCAUUCUUCUUGUCAUUAGUUCAUGGUUGGCUUCGGCUUUGCAUUCACUCCUACACAGCUUGAUGGUGUCCAGCUUGAGUUUUUGUGGUGUCAAUAAGAUCCAUCACUUCUUUUGCGACAUAGGCCCCUUGUUGCAGUUGGCCUGCUCCGACAUUUCCCUCAACAAGCUUUUGAUCUACACGGAAGGUGGCCUGCCUGUUUUAAUUCCGUUUAUCAUCAUCUUGUACUCCUAUUGCUGCAUAAUCUCCUCCAUUCUUAAAAUCCGCUCCGCAGACGGCCGGCACAAAGCCUUUUCCACCUGUUCUUCUCAUCUAACGCUGGUCAUCUUGUUUUAUGGGACCAUCGCCUUUAUGUACUUGCGUCCGUCUUCCUUCAAUUCUGUAAAUUAUGAUAAAGUUCUGUCUGUGAUCUACACUGUCGUGGCCCCUAUGAUCAACCCCUUCAUCUACUCCCUGAGAAAUAAGGAGGUGAAAGGGGCCAUGAAAAAGUUAUUCAUCAAGCAAAAACAUAUCUAA